AUGUUGGCGAAGCAAGCUUACGCACACAGUCGGUUGUUAAGACUCAAUGGAACAUUGUGUAGGCAAUCAUCGUCAUUUCGAAACCCUCCUAUUAAGGCAGCAGCAGCUGGAGUAUCUGGGACUACAUCGAGUACAACUACUACUAAAAGCUCAGCACCACCCCCACCCCCAUCACCUCCAACUUCUCAACAGAUCGAAGUGUUAGUGGAUGGCAAACCUGUUUUAUGCGAACCUGGUAUGACUAUUUUACAGGCAUGUGCUCUAGCUGGUGUACAAAUACCUCGGUUUUGCUACCAUGAACGUUUGUCAAUUGCUGGAAAUUGUCGUAUGUGUUUGGUUGAGGUAGAAAAAUCUCUGAAACCUGUUGCGAGUUGUGCAAUGCCGGUAAUGCGUGGCAUGAGCAUCAAAACAGACUCAGAAGUAACUCGCAAAGCACGUGAAGGUGUUAUGGAAUUUCUACUGGUCAAUCACCCCUUGGAUUGUCCUAUUUGUGAUCAGGGUGGGGAGUGUGAUUUACAGGAUCAGUCAAUGAAUUUCGGAUCAGAUCGCUCUCGGUUUGUUGAUAAUCGGUUCACUGGGAAACGUGCUGUAGAAGAUAAAAAUCUUGGCCCUUUGAUUAAAACAAUAAUGACUCGUUGCAUACACUGUACAAGAUGUGUAAGAUUCGCUAAUGAAGUAGCCGGUGUACCAGAUCUUGGCACUACUGGUCGUGGAAGCUCUCUCCAGAUUGGUACAUAUAUUGACAAGCCUUUCUUUAGUGAAUUGUCCGGUAAUGUCAUUGACCUAUGUCCUGUUGGUGCUUUGACGUCUAAACCUUAUGCAUUUACCGCACGACCAUGGGAGACAAGACGUAUUGAGUCAAUUGAUGUUAUGGAUGCGAUUGGUGCAAAUAUUGUGGUCUCUAUGCGUACAAAUCAAGUUUUAAGGAUAAUUCCAAGAUUGAAUGAAGAUGUGAAUGAAGAAUGGCUAGCCGACAAAUCUAGAUUUGCAUAUGAUGGUUUAAGUCGACAACGUUUAGUUGUUCCAAUGGUGAAAAAGUCUGGUAAAUUAGUUGAAAGUACAUGGGAAGAGGGAUUAAUUGAAACUGCGAAAAAAUUACUUCCCAUUUACGAGUCGUCUAAAGAAACAACAUGUAAAGAAAAUCAAAUAGCUGGAUUAGUCGGUCCAUUUGCAGAUGCAGAAUCAAUGACAGCUAUGAAGGACUUAAUUAAUCGAUUCAAUUCAGAGUUGGUAUGUACUGAAGAAAGUUUUCCAACUGACAGUGUGGAUCUGCGUACUAAUUACAUAUUCAAUAGUCAUAUUGCUGGUAUUGAGGAAGCUGAUCUUGUUAUACUUAUUGGUACUAAUCCACGUUUUGAAGCACCUUUGCUUAAUGCACGUUUACGCAAAUGUUGGGUGCAUAACGAUUUGGAAAUUGUAUUAUUAGGACCAAAAGUUGAUUUAACUUACGAUUAUGAACAUCUUGGUGAUCAACUCGAUGCUCUACAAUUAAUAGCUUCUGGAAAGCAUCCACUGAAUAAGCGUUUACAAUCUGCCUCUCAUCCAAUAAUCAUUUUGGGAAGCGAAUGUUUACAACGUUCAGAUGCGAAAGGUAUUCAUAAUACUGUACAUCGUAUUGCCACGAAUCUCAAGGAGUCUAAAAAAUUAGACUAUCAAGUAUUCAACAUACUUCAUCGUUGUGCUAGUCAAGUAGCCGCUUUAGAUUUAGGCUAUACACCCAACUAUGAAUUAAUCAAGCAAGCCAAACCCAAAGUUCUGUUACUUUUGGGCGCUGAUAGAAAUUUAAUUACACGUGAAGAUUUAGCACCAGAUAGUACUAUAAUAUAUAUUGGUCAUCAUGGAGACGCGGGUGCAACAAUGGCUGAUAUUGUUUUACCUGCCUCAGCUUACACUGAAAAAGAUUCAAUUUAUGCUAACACUGAGGGACGUGCUCAGCAAACUCGACUAGCUGUCGUUCCACCUGGAAUUGGUAGAGAAGACUGGAAGAUAUUCCGUGCAAUCUCAGAAGUAACAGGUGUCACUUUACCUUAUGAUAAUUUAAAUCAAAUUCGAAGUCGAAUUAGAGAAAUUGCUCCAGGACUUUUGAAUUUCAAUACAAUUCAAUCACCGUCUAAAGAAGUACAAACUGUGGCUGAUAAUUUAGCCAAAAUUAGCUCAAGUUUAUCUCAGCUGAAUACAAAAGAACCAAUCAAACUAAGUUUGCUUACCCUGAAGGAUUAUUUCAUUACAGAUUGUAUAAGUCGAGCAUCUCAAACUAUGGCAAAAUGUGUGAAAGCUGUACAAGAAUAUGAAAAAGCUAAGAAAAUAUAA